AUACUCUCAGUCUCCUUAUGAGUGUGGUGUUGUAUUUAUGUGCUAUCAGUAGGAUUUUAAUUAUGAAGAAUGUUUGUCUUUUUCUUCUCAUUGCUGCAACAUAUCUCUAUCACAUCUCUAUUUUAAAUCUGUCAUUAAUGUCACUGGAGAGAUAUGUGGCCAUUUGUUUUCCUCUCAGACAUGCAGAAUUCACCAGUUUUGAAAGAACUCAAAUAGCUUUCGGUGUUAUUUGUAUCUUAGGUAUGAUUAAGUCUCUAUCCGAGACUAUUAUUUUCUAUUGGAUUGAUACUACAAACAUAGCAAUGAGUUUGUUCUGUUCAAAAACUACCCUUUUUAGGCUGCAGAUCUACAAUAAACUCGAUAUAGCUUUCACAAGCAUGUUUUUUACUUUAGUAAGUUUUGUUAUAAUCUUUACUUAUGCCUCUAUAGCAGCUGUGGCUAAAACAGCUGCCUGUGAUAAAAUGUCAGCCAAAAAAGCCAAUAAGACUGUUCUUCUGCAUCUAAUACAGCUGGGUCUUUGUGCGUCAUCCAUCUUAGCUGGAGUUGUCCAAGAAGUUAUUUAUGUUAAUACUGACUUAAAGACUGCAAUACAUGCUAUAUAUGUUUGCUUUUUAGUGUUUAUAAUGAUACCCAAAUGUCUAAGUCCUCUUAUUUAUGGUAUGAGAGACCAGACUUUCAGUUGUAUAUUUAUACAUUAUUUUACAUUUGGUAGAGGUGGUGCAGUUAAACCAGUUAUCAUAGAGCAAUGCUUAGUCGCAAAAAUUGAAAAAUAGCAUUUUAUUAUACGGAAUAUGUUUGUGUACAUUGAGAUAAAAUAUUAGACAAAACUAUAUGUAAUAAAUAAGUGAUAAUAAUUUGUUUUAAAAUAAUUUUGAAUUUGAAUCACACUAAAACAACUAACCUGUUGCAAAAGAACAAAAGUUUUGUUGUUGUUGUUUAUAGUUUUGUUUUGUUAGUAUGAUAUAAUAUUCUGACCAUGGAACAUUAAAAUAUCAUUAUGGCUUUUUUAUUUCAAAUGAAGUAUUUUUUGUGUGUUUUUUACAAAAACAUUUUUCAGACUUGCUUUUGAUCUGCUCCUUUUUGAAGACAA